GAAGGUGCGGGGACGUUACCAUAGCAACCCUCCCACGGACGGAUUCCCCCGCAGUGACGUCAUCAGAGAGCGCCGGGACCGGCGGAAGUUGGGAGGAAGUUUUUUCAUUAGGGGGUACGAACAAAAUGAGUUCUUCCUCCUCCUCCUCCUCCUCCUCUUCUUCUCGCCCGAGGUGCCGAAUUCAGACGACGCUCAAGAAUGUUUUCGGAUUUAAUUCCUUCCGCUCAGAUCUGCAGGAAAAUGCAACUCGGGCUGUAGUAAAGGGUGAAACGGAUGUGUUUGUAGUGAUGCCCACAGGAGCAGGAAAGUCCUUAUGUUACCAGCUUCCAGCUGUCCUCUCUGUGGGGAUCACAGUGGUCAUCUCACCUCUCAUUGCACUGAUUCAGGAUCAAGUAGAUCACCUCGUUGCCUUAAAGAUCAAGGCCUGCUCGCUAAACUCCAAGCUGCCACUCCCAGAACGCAAGAAAAUCAUUCAGGAUCUGGAGAGUGAGGCCCCCCAGAUAAAGCUGCUUUAUAUCACUCCUGAGAUGGCAGCCUCCGCAUCCUUCCAGCCAAUCCUGGCGCAGCUUCUCUCCCGCAGCCUCCUGUCUUACCUUAUUAUAGACGAAGCGCACUGUGUCUCUGAGUGGGGACACGACUUCCGACCGGAUUACCUGCGCUUAGGCUCCUUGCGUUCCCGCAUACCUCAUACUCCUUGCGUGGCACUGACAGCCACGGCCACCAAGCAGGUCCAGGAUGACAUCAUUGCCUCACUGAAAUUGCGCCAGCCGGUUUCCAUGUUUAAAACGCCGUGUUUUCGUUCCAACUUGUUUUACGACGUGCAGUUGAAGGACUUAGUGGGUGAUCCUUAUGGGGACCUAAAGGAGUUUUGCCUGAAGGCCCUAGGAACGAAAACUCCUCAAGGGGGCUUCCCAGGCUGCGGGAUAGUGUACUGCCGUACCAGGGAUGCGUGUGAGGAGGUGGCAGUGCAGCUCUCCCAGAGAGGUGUCCUCUCCAAACCCUAUCAUGCAGGUCUCAAAGCUGGAGACAGAGUGACUAUUCAGAAUGACUGGAUGGAUGGGACGGUACCAGUUAUUGUAGCUACAAUCAGCUUUGGCAUGGGAGUGGACAAGGCUAAUGUGAGGUUUGUGGCUCAUUGGAACAUUGCUAAGUCGUUGGCAGGCUAUUACCAGGAGUCUGGGAGGGCUGGAAGGGAUGGCAAGCAAGCUUUUUGCCGUUUAUACUACUCCAGAACUGACCGUGACCAAGUCGGCUUCCUGAUCAGAAAGGAGAUUGCACAGGCCCAGGCCAAGAGAGGAGAUAACAAGGCAUCGGAUAAAGCAGGUAUGGCUGGGUUUGAUGCAAUGGUGUCCUUCUGCGAGGAUACAGGGUGCCGCCACGCUGCCAUAGCUGCCUAUUUUGGGGAUGAGAAACCGCAGUGUAACAAAUCCUGCGACAGCUGCAAGAACCCGCUCGCAGUGAAACGCCAGGUGGAGCAGCUGGAGGGCCUGUUCCAGAGCGGGAGAAGCAGAACCUGCAUCGAGAAGCCCGCAGGACCCAAGGGACCUUUCGGUUUCGAACCAGGUCUCUACGAAGGAGGCAGGAAGGGUUAUGGCUUUGCCAGAUAUGAUGAUGACGACGAUGAGGGUGGCGCGGCGGAAUCUGCAGAGGACCGCAAGCGCGUUUGGAACAGUUUCUACCAGAAGCAAAUGAACCUGCGCAAGAGCAAAGAGCUGGAAGACUUUAUUCCUCCAAGUGAUGACUGUCCCCUUAAAGAUGCAUCCAGUGAUAAAAUUCCCAAGCUGACCGUGAAGGCUCGGGAGCACUGUCUGAAUAUCCUGGAGGAAGCUUUGGCCAAGAACGCCCGGGCAGCUGCUGCAGAACAUCGAACCGACGUAGAAUCCUGCGCGGUUGAUCUUGAGUAUGAGGUUUUCCGGAGCAGCAAACUGUGCAAUCUCUACAAAGCGGCCAUUGUGAAAAAAGUAAAGGAAAUUGAAGCGUUGAAGGAUGGGGAGUUGCACAGUGCUUUGGGGUCCAGCAACUCGGAGCAGAGAACAGAAACUCCGGCCACUGAUGGAUUUAUGUCUGCCUCCCAGAUGCUAACAUCUAAAUGCAAGAGAGUUGGGGCGCUCUCCUCAUUUCAGUCAGCCUCGGACUUGUUACGUACCACUCAGCCAGAACGGAGACCCGUUGAGUCCAGUCAAGGGACCAGCCAGGAGAUGGCGGCCAGCAAUGACAGCAGCAUUCCGGACAAGCCAGACAGCAAGAAGGUGGCCAGCCCAAGCAAAGCAGCCCGACCCAGCAAGAAAAGACAGGAACUUGCCAACGCAGCAAAAAAAGACUCCCAAAAUAUCUCCAAAUUUUUCUCAAGUCAUUGCAAAGCUCAGCCACAGUCCGGCAAAAAUGAUGUCCAAGCCAAGCCUGGUAACCCAACUCUAAAGGAGGGGUCAUUAAGCCAAAAGGAUGACACUUUAACUUCUGAUGGACUCCAAGGGGAACCUCCUGCACCUGUGAGUACAGAGUUAGGUGAAGGGGCAGAAAGCAGCCCAGAGGAGCAGAGUCUUUGUAGGGACACCUGGGCUGGGCAGAUAGUAGAGCCAUCAGAGUACAACUGUAGGAAUGUCCCUGCUGUAGAACCAUCAGACACUGGCAGCCUGUAUGUACAGCCUGGGGACUCCCCACCGGGGCAGCCAUUGCAGGACCAUGGGAGGACUUCUGUCUCCUUAUUUCAUCCUGAUCCACUCAAGCCUGUGGAAGAUGAAUCAGAACCAGAGGAACACCAAGAGAUGAGCACAAAGACUAGCAGGGAGGAGGCGCCCAGUAAGCCCAGGACCCGAGACAGGGAAAAGAGACCGGCAGAAGGACAGGACUCAGAAGGCCCGGUCAGAAAAAGGCCAAGAGAAGAGAUAAAGUCUUCCUCCAUUUUGGCCCCAGUUCACAAAGUCAGCACUAAUCAGGGGAAGAAGAAAGUAACCUUUGACCCCAACCUGUGCCCACACGAUAAAGAAGGGACCGCCAAAAUCCUGCAGCCCCCUUCGGGGAACAAAGUGAUGACCCUAAAAGAGACGGCUGAUGUGGUGGUGAAAUACCUCACUCCGUUUUUCCGAGAAGGAAAGUUUGCCUCAAAGGAUCUGUUUAAAGCAUUUGCAAGGCAUCUCUCUCACCAUCUGACGGGAGAGGACAAGAUGCCCCUCCGGAAAAAUGUGAAAGAAGAGGCCCAGAAGUUGAUCAAGGCAUUUUUCAAGGACCGCCCUAAAUGCGAGAGCGAAGAAGACUGGAAGGACUUGCUGGGCCCUGCGCCAUGAUACGCAGGCAAAUGCCAGGGGCAGAGAGCAAGUAAGAUCCCUUGGGGACAUUUAGUAACUAUGCACAUACAGACUGCCCAGGCAGGCAUACGGCUACCUCGACCCACCGCGCACUGUGCUGGGGCCAGACCCUCCGAGCCAAUGGCAAUCUCUUCUCUUUGCCUCCAUUUUCUCUCUGUAGAGAGAUUUCCGCCCAUUUCUGGUGCUCUGUGUAACCAAAUGUCAGUAUCCGUGGAAUCACUAGGCCAAAGAUCCAGCCAUGAUCUGGUCUCUUAGAAACGGCCGCAUUCUAUUGGCCAGCUGCUGCAAUAGGGCUCCUUAUGGACUGGGCUCCCCGUUAUGUACUACUAACACUGGAUUUUCUGUGGAACCAUUCAUUGCUGCAACAGUGCCACCUUGUGGAUUAGGCUGGAACUACCACCAUCCCCUUCCUUAGACUAUCUACUCCCUAACUUAUGCUGCUGCUAUUCUUACUUUGCCUGUUGCUUCCCACACGUGAGCCAUUCUGUCUCCAGAGGGGUCUUUUACCCCCACUGAAAGGGGAAGUUUAGCUUAAAAUUGACUUUAGUAUAAUGUAAACAUUGGCAUUCUCAGUUUGUGAUUGGUCAGUUUAUCCCAUCUCAUUGCAGACACCACCGACCCUGACAGAUCAGAGCAAGUAAAGCUUUUUAUUGUGUUUAUUUUGUAUUAUUUGUCUUUAUGUUCCCACCCCCCCUAUUGCUAAUCUGGAUGUUAAAGCCUUACCUGGUUGCUAGGACCAGCAGGACCCUAACAACCAGACCAGAGAGCUACAGCACAAAUAGAGUUCAAAAAUUAUUUUAGAUUAGAACUAUUACAUUUUAAAGGGGAAGUGUAACAACCGCUACACCCUGUACACAAGGUCUAGUGAUCCAUAGCAACCAAUCCGAUGUUUGGGGGGUAAAUUUAGAAUCUUAAGUGGUUAAAGGAGAAAUGAACCUUAUAAUUAACUCUUGAGUAUGAGUAGGGUAACCAGCUUUCUUUCUUUUUAGUAUUUGGUAUUUAUGUUCUGCAUGUAUGCUGGUUUGGAACUGAAACUGUUAUCUGGUUGCUAGGCUUACUGACCCUAACAACCAGGCAGUCAUUAUAAAGUCGUAAUGAAGAAUGGGAGAGUGCUCACAGUCUGGUUGCUCAGCAACACUGGCCAUAGAUACCAGACAGCAGUGGAAGUUUAAGUUGGGAGAGAUACAGAAUAGAAAGGGACAAAUAAUAAACAAGGGUCAGUAUGAUCUGCAGGGGACAAGAUGCUUCCGUUCCAUCUGAACAGACUGAAAGUUAAUUUUAAGGCAAACUUCCCCUUUAACACAGAUCUCAGCACCUUACCGUUUUCAGGAAAAGAUUGUUUACGUUACAAUUAGAGAGGAAAUGUACAUAUGAAUAAUAAAAACAUAAUGGAUUUAG